UAUAGCUCUGUUUCUAUGAUGCUCACUUGAAUUUCGAUGGAUUGUGAAUCAUAUAAUACUAUAUGAUUUCUCUGCCAUAUUGUAGUUCAACCAAUUCUUCCUUGUCCUCGCCCAUUUCGACCUGCAUCGCACCCUCCCCGCCGUGACUCUACCAAUCCAAGCACCAUGCCUCAAAUCCCGUGGCGCGUAGAAGUGACCGCCCACCCCGGCUCAACCCGUGAAGAAAUCAAACAAGAACCCGACUGGACGCAGGCCAACGAACAUCGAAUCGGAUACGUGAACCGGGACGACCGAAAGCCAGGGCUAACGCACCCUUCUGACGAGCAGCGUGUCGAUGAAGAAGGUGACCGGUACAUCGAGGAGGCACGCCGGGAGUACGAACAGCUGAGGCAACGACGGGAGAAGGGCGAUCUUAUCACUUUCCGCGACUUGAUUCAAGGGGAGCCGGAUCUGCAUCUCAGACAUCCGGCGGAUAGGUCGAUUGGGUGGAGGUAUGUGCUUGAUUGCACGGAGGACUGGGUGAGGAAUAAGGAGCCUUGGCCGGCGAACAUCCAGAAGAGGAAGAAAGAAGAGGAAGAGGCGGAGAAGAAGAGGCGGAAAGGAGAUGGCGGAGACGAGGUAGAGAAAGACGACCCCAAAGACGGAAAGCAAGAUGUAGAGCCAGGCCAUGAGGAAAGGUGGAAGAGAGACAAUGGUGAGGGCAAGAAGCAUCACGACGCAUAUGCUGGGGGUGCAGCGGAAGACUCUGGAUAUUCGAGCGAGGAGUCGAACAAUGAACAGUCAGAGUACGAGAAACUCCGCGAGAAAUACUCGCCGCAAGAGAUCGCACUCCUCAAAGCUCUCGAGCACGAAAAGAACUAUAUACAGAAGCUGGAGCAGAACGACGGCAAAAGACAAAGUCCACAGAAGAAUAAUCGUACUACGAUUACCAUAGACGAGGCGGAUCAGUUCUCCCCAGAUAACUGGCUGCCUCGCUCAGACGACCUCAUCAGGCUCACUGGCAAACAUCCACUAAAUGCCGAACCUCAACUGACGCGCCUAUUCGACGCCGGCCUGAUCACGCCAAAUGAAUUGCAUUACGUUCGAAACCACGGUGCGGUCCCUCGCAUCCUGUGGGAAUUCCACGAACUUGACAUCAACGACGGAAAACUCAAGUUGAGCAUGAACGAACUGAAGCACAACUUUGACACCAUCAACAUCCCCGUAGCUCUGGCAUGUGAUGGCAACCGCCGCAAGGAGCUCAAUAUGAUCAAGCGUUCUAAGGGAUUCAAUUGGGGCUCAGGAGGCGUCAGCUGUGCAUACUGGAAGGGUCCGCUUCUUCGGGAUGUGCUUCUUGCUGCUGGAGUGCCAGAGAAGAUGCCUGAAGGGGAGAGACAUUGGGUCCACUUCGAGGGCGCAGAUAAUCCGAGCGAAGGCAAGUAUGCCACUUGUAUUCCCUUCGACUACAUCAUGGAUCCGACGAACGACGUGAUACUUGCAUAUGAGAUGAACGACGUUCCCUUACCUCCCGACCACGGAUACCCCGUACGAUUGAUGAUACCUGGAUAUGUGGGCGGCCGCUGUGUGAAAUGGCUGAAGCGGGUGUGGGUCAGCGACAAAGAAAACGAUUCCUAUUACCACAUCUGGGAUAAUCGCGUCCUGCCUAGUUUCGUGACCGAAAAAGAUGGCGACUUCGCAGAGACACUAUUCAGGCAUCCUAGCACAAUGUGUAAUGAGCAGAACCUCAACUCUGUCAUUGUCAAACCCGCCCAAGGCGAGAACAUCCCAUUGACGGAAGCUCGAAAGGGGCGAACAUACCGAAUCGAAGGAUUUGCUUACGACGGCGGUGGCCACGAAGUCCAGCGAGUAGAGGUCUCUCUCGAUAACGGCUCGACCUGGCUUUACUGCAUCAGACGCUUUCCAAACGCUCCCAUCCGGCACGGCAAUAAGUUUUGGACAUGGCUCCAUUGGCACGUCGAUGUCAGCAUUUCGCACUUGCUUCAAUCGCGAAGCAUCAUCGUGCGGUGCUUCAAUGUAUUCAAGAACACCCAGCCCGAGCAGCACAAUUGGAACGUGAUGGGCAUGAUGAACAAUUGCUGGUAUCAGGUUAAGGGCGAGAUCACGCAAGAGGAGGACUCUGACGUAGCUUGCAUACUAUUUCGUCACCCAGUUGAACCGGCGACAGGCGAAGGUGGUUGGAUGAAGCCUAGUGUGGAAAACCAGAUCGCCAACGCUAAACAGGAGGCCGGUGCGCCGGAAAAGCAAUUCACGAGGGAGGAAAUCGAAAAACAUAAUACAGAGGAUGACUGUUGGUUAGUUGUGGACGGGAAAGUGUAUGACGCGACGAGCGUGCUUGCGUGGCAUCCUGGCGGCAAAGCUGCCAUCACGAACCAUGGUGGUAAAGUGCACCAGGAAACCAGCGAUGAAUUCGCUAGUAUCCAUGAUGAGUACGCUUACAAGAAGCUUAAUGAAUGUAUACUCGGCGUUGUCACUGACAAAGCAAAAACGUUUAUCAAGAAGAGUGCCGAGGCAGCUGCAAAGGAGAAGGCCAAUUCAUCCAAGGCUGCAGAAAAGAUGACCUUGCAAAAGCAUCGCUGGGUUCCAGUCAAGUUAGUAGAUCGUAAAUCCAUCUCGGACGAUACACGAACAUACACCUUCCAUCUUUCGGACGGUAAGACUGAUCUUGGGCUUGGCACAUGUCAACAUAUCCAGGUCGGAUUUCAUCUAAUGGAUAAGAUGCUCGUUCGGUCCUACACACCAACGAAGCCGGUGCUCCCGCCAGUAUCAGGCGGCAGUAGCGACGGGAAUGCAGGUCUACGGGAUGGCGUCGGUACGUUCGACGUGACGGUUAAAACCUACUUCCCCACCAGUGACCAACCUGGUGGAGCCAUGUCCAAUAUUCUCGACUGCAUCCCUAUUGGUGAAGAAGUUGAGAUCCGGGGCCCCACUGGAGAAAUAGUGUACAACGGCAACGGGUCCUUCACCAUAUCAUCCAAGGAAUACACCUUCAACAAAGUCUCGCUCAUCCUUGGUGGAAGCGGGCUGACCCCAGGCUACUCACUCAUCGCCCGUAUACUCCUCUCUGAGAACGACAAGACGAAGAUCCGAGUCAUAGACGCGAACAAGUCGGAAAAAGACAUAUUGCUGAGGGAAGAUCUAGAUAAAUUUGAGAAGGACAGCCAAGGGCAGUUGAAGAUUACGCAUGUUUUGAGUCACCCUAACGAUGAUUGGAAGGGUGCUAAAGGUCACGUCAAUGCAGAUAUCGUCAAGGAAAGUCUCUUCGCGCCUGGAGAAGGCGCGGGAGUGUUCCUCUGUGGGCCACCUGCCAUGAUACAGAAGGCUGCAUUACCGGCCUUGCGAGAUUGGGGGUAUGAAGAGGACAAGAACGUUUUCGGCUUCUAGAAGCAUUUAGCAUUUCGAAUGAUGACGGGUUCAAUUCUAUAGUUCCUUCAAUCGUAUGCAGCAAGGGCCUUUUGGUCCUAAUUAUUUCUCGAAUUGUUUUGAGCAUUCAUCCUUUCGUCGAAGAAGAGUCUGCCAGGCAGAGAACAAUAAGAGUAAUUACCUGACCAAUUUCUCAAAUUGCUCAUCAGUGUCUCAAUAUUCUUGACUCAGUGUCAAGAUUGGACCGACAGAAAGCGAUCUGCGAAGCCUAGACCUAGAAAGUGGC